AUGAUGAUGAUGAUGAUGAUGCUCAUGACUGUCACAAAGAUGCAGAUUGUGGAAACACAGCCGGUUCCUUUACUUGUAGCUGUAAACAAGGAUUUGCAGGGGAUGGGCGUCAUUGCACUGAUGUUAAUGAAUGCUCAGAUGCGUCACACAACUGCCACGCUAAAGCAAAUUGCUCCAACAAUCGAGGCUCUUUUGGCUGUGCUUGCAUUUCAGGAUAUUCUGGGAAUGGUGUUACAUGUGCCGAUAUCGAUGAGUGCAGCAGCAGUAUUGAUGACUGCCACAAAGAUGCAGAAUGUUCCAACACCGAUGGCGCUUUUACUUGUAGCUGCAAUGCAGGAUUCACAGGGGACGGUCGGCAUUGCACAGCCCUCUAUGCAUUUAUCAAACCUGUUCGAUCAAGACGACUGGAUAUCAAAAAGUUCUGUUUUUGCAGCUUUCCAGUCGGCAGUGAUCCUCAUGAAUGAUAUUGAUGAAUGUGCCACAGCAACUCAUAACUGUCAUGGUGUAGCUCACUGUUACAAUAAUGAGGGGUCUUUCAACUGCGAGUGUAGGACUGAUUACCACGGAGACGGGAUAUUAUGUGAGCCCAUAGGAGAUUUCUCAAUCACGAUUAGAAACAUAUCCAAGGACCAAUAUUUGCCAACUAGUGUCAAACGGUCCGAAAAAAGUAUCCAGCUGGCAAUCAUCGAAGAUCUUCCUGACAAACCUGUAUUGGAAAGUGUCAUGGAAUGGCGUUUAAUUAGUGAACAGGAGCUAGCAGCAUCUGAGUCACCAGUGGGAACAUUAGUCAGUCAAGGAACUACACAGUGGUCAAUAAAUAGGAGAUCUGUGCCUGCUGGAAUCUAUCAAGUCAAAUUCACUGCGUCUAUUAAAGUCGGUGCCUCAGCAUCCUCAGAAACUCUCCAUGCUUUUGACUACGGCUUUAUCAAAGUUAUUGCGGCUCCUGUACGAGCCAUUAUCGAUGGAGGAAGCGGUGUCCUUUGGGGUUCUGUAGACAUUGUCACGGUGGACGGUUCCCUUAGCUAUGAUGGAGACAGUGGUCCUGGAAACCACAGUGGGCUUAAAUUUACCUGGUCCUGUUAUCCUCUUUCAGAUAAUACUUCCCUCGAUAAAAAUUGUUUUGGCGCUUUUGAGGGAGACGUUACUCUAGCUUCGAUAAGCAUUAAUACUCGUGAACUUCUAAAAUGGAGCCCUUUCGUUCUAAGGCUAACUGUGUCUAAGGAUGAUAGAAGUCAUUUUGCCGAAAUAAACGUUCAGAUAGCAAAUGGUGAAAUACCUCAAGUUAGCUUAAGGUGUUUCGUAGAUUGUGGUAAAAUAGUGUCUGCUUCGAAUAAGUUCCGAGUGACAUCACAGUGUCUCAAUUCCCUUUGUAUUGGUUCAGAGUACAUAUGGCAAUUAAUGAAGGUGGAUGCUGAUUCAAAACAACUGGAGCUCAUACCUAUUCUACCCAAUAUGAGAUCGACUGCAAUAAAUGCAACCAACAUGAUUAUCAAAAAGAAUUCUUUGCAACCAAGCUCAAAAUACGCUCUGAAGCUAACUGUAAUACCCUCCUUGGGAAUGGUAGGAUUUGCGGUGCUCGAAUUUGAGACAGCUGGACAGCCCCACGGUGGCUACUGCAAACCAUCAGUCACUAUAGGUUUCUCUUUGGAAACAACAUUUUCAUUUGAAUGCUUUGAAUGGAAAGAUAAAAGUACACCAUUAACCUACGAAUUUCGCCUUGGAGACGAGCCAAUAUCCUAUGGCACUUCUUCCAGAUCUGUAUCGACAGUCUUGUAUUCUGGAUUACCGGAAAACAACUACCUUUUGUCCAUCAAGGUCAUUAUAAAGAAUUCUGUUGGUGUGGCUGUUUGGGAAAAGCUUUCUGUGAAGGUGAUGCCAUCGUAUCAACUCGAUCCUUGCCGCUCGCCGGUUGAAGAAGUUGCCAAAACGUUGAAAAGUUUUGUCAUUGGGCAUGACAGCGAAUUGGAUAAAUACCUGAAGAAGGGUGAAAUCAGUCAGGCCUCCCAACUUGCUUUAACUGUCCUAAAAUCAGCAAUUGAAGAAACAGAAUGUGGGCAAACGCUGAGCGAGGAUACCAGAACAGAAAUUUCGAGUACGUUAGUGGAAAAGUUCACUUCCAUAAAACCAGAGGAUCUUCAGAUGUCUCGAACUGUUAUGAACGUAGUAAAACUGGCAGGUGGUAGCCAAGACGCCCAAUCUUGUGAUGAAUGGGUAAAUUCUGCGAAUGACAUCAUGAGACUAACCGAUACUACGACAGAAUUACUCAAAUCUGCUCUUGGUGACAUAGAGGAGCCAUUUUCUGAUGAACUUGAAGAAUCGGCCGCAAGCAUUACUGCAUGUCUCAAGAAUGUUCUUCAGUCCGCUUCAGGAUCGAGUAAAGAAGAUGGAGAUCCAAGGAAGAACACUGAAUCCAAGAAGGAGAAUGUGAAGCAAGCUGCUCAAAAACUGGACGCUGUGAACGACGCGUUUUUCGCUCGCCUAGUUCCCUCCGAAAAUCUUGUCCUUAAAACACUUGGUUUGACGUCGUCCCUUAAGAAGGUAUCUGCCGAUGACGUAAAGGGUCUUAGUAUGGAAUAUGGGCCAACAAAGUUUAAGCUUCCCGAAAACUUAGGAAAGAUGGCUGAUGGAAACAUCAAUGCAAAGAUGAAAGCUGCUGACUUUAACCCAUUUACCUGGGACAAUAGCAGCAAGAAAGUUCAAUCCAGUGUCAUAAGCCUCGAGCUUCAAACGGAAAAUACAACAAAACUGAGUGUUUCAAACCUCGACAAGGACAUUGAAAUAGUUAUACCUAUCUCCACCCCACCCUCAAAUAACAGCAACAGUACAGAACAUUAUUUUCUAAAGCCAAACAAAUUGACUAUUAGGAGCUAUUAUGCAGAGCUAGCAGAUGUACCCGUUUCCAUCAGACUGGGUGUCGCAGAAAAGAAAACAGAAGUUAAGAUGUUUGUGAGGUUCGGAUUAAGACCUACCGUAGAGGACUCCGACCUCAAUUUUACGGUAAAGUUCACAUCAACCUGUAAUAACGCAACGAAUGGCGAGGCCGACGAAACAUCAUGCAAUUUAGAAGAGAAAAGCAUCACAAUACUUCCUGCUGAACCAGGUCAUAUUUAUUUCGGUUUAUUGAUAAAAGAAAAGAAAAAUUCCAGCAAGCAUUCCCGAGAGAGACGGUCGUGUUUUGGUAACGGUCGCCAGAGACGAUCGUGCGUUGGCGUCAAAGAUCCGCCUCCAAAAGGGGUCUCUCAGACGAUUGUACCUCAAUAUAACCCGGAUGCUGAUGUCAACUACACGUUAGGUAUAACUCAGUCAAGUUGUCUAUAUUGGUCGGAAGACGAGGAAAAGUGGACAUCUCAUGGUUGUAAGGUGGACCUAGGAUCUAACUCCACACACCUCAAAUGCCUCUGCAACCAUUUGACGUCUUUCGGUGGAAACUUCAUUCAAGCGCCCAAUCCCAUUGACUUCGACAAAGUUUUCACAGAAUUUGCCCGACUGAGUGAGUCGGGCAACAUCUCAGUGCUAGUGACAAUUGCAUGUGCUUUCCUCAUUUAUUUUGUAGCAGUGAUACUUGCAUGGAGAGCAGACAGAAGAGAUGAAAGCAAGAUUUGCCCACCACCGCUGAUAAAACUUGUUGAAGAAGGAACUUACUACUACGACAUGGUUAUCAGUACUGGGGUUUGGAAAGAUUCAGCAACAACGGCAAACGUAACGAUGAGCAUAAGGGGAGAAAACGACGAGCAAGAUCUCAUUACUCUUCAAAAACAUGGAGAUUUACAGGGAUUUUUUAGUCGAGGAAGUAUAAAUGGUUUUGUUCUGGUCACAAAUGAGUCGCUAGGAAAUCUAAACCAAAUAACUCUGGAACACGAUAACUCAGGCGAUAAUCCAUCUUGGUUUGUAGAAACAGUGGUAAUCCGAGACAGACAAACAGAAGAACGCUGGGAGUUUCCUAUAAAUAGAUGGCUUGCACUAGAAAAAGACGAUGGACAGAUAGAAGUUAGUGUCCAAAACAUAACAGCUACUUCCUUUUCAGCCGAGGUGAGGUCACGCUUCGGGAGGAAAAUAGCUGACAAUCAUUUGUGGAUGUCAGUCUUCGGUAAGGCGUGCAGUAGUACAUUUACACGCGUGCAAAGAGCAUCGUGUUGUCUUUCAAUUCUUUUCAGUGCAAUGAUAGCAAAUGCCAUGUUUUAUAAUACUGGUGGGGAAUCGACGGGAGCCAUACAAAUUGGACCUUUCAAGUUUUCCUGGAGACAAGUAGUCGUUGGAGUACAGAGCACUAUAAUAGUGGCACCUGUAAACAUUCUUAUCGUGUUUCUGUUUAAGUCAAGUAGAACGAAGGAAAAUAAAGAGGACAAAUAUAAAGAAUCAUUUCUGACAGAACAACUCGUCAAUGAAAUAAAUGGUCAAGGCUGUAUGCUGCCACAUUUCUGUGUAUACAUGGCUUGGUUUCUCUGCUUUGUCACCACUAUGACAGCAGCAGCAUUUACGUUAUUUUACAGUCUUAUGUGGGAUAAGGAAGUCGCUGAGCAGUGGUUGGCAUCCAUUCUUAUUUCCAAUGGACAAGACGUUUUUGUUAUUCAACCAACAAAGGCCAUAUUAGCAGUUGUUUUAGUUUCCUUCCUUUUGAGUAGAAACAAACCAACUCAUAGGGACGAGGAAUAUGUUGAAAAGGAGGAAGCUUUUGAAAAUGACAUGGAUUUCCUAAAUGAUAAUCCAAGACAACGCUUUAAACAGUGCCUCAUAGAGAAAAUGCGCAUGAGAAGCAGAAAAGAGGCUCAACUGGCAGGCAUGGCGAGGGAAAUUGUCCUCCAUUUGGUAUUUGUGUUUCUGCUGUCUAUGGUCUGCUAUGGCAACAAGAAUGAAAAUCGCUUCUUGAUGACAACGGAGAUGAAAAAUACUUUCACGAGCUUUGAAUGGGUCAGUGAUUCUCAGAGACUGUGGGGAUGGCUAACAGAGAAGUUUCUGCCAAAUGUAUACAACCUAAACUGGUAUAAUGGCCUAAAAGAGCAAAAUGAUGUUUACAUCGCCAACAAGAUGUCCAUAUUGAUUGGCAUGCCUUGGAUGCGACAGUUAAGGAUUCGUAAAAGUCGGUGUCACUCAGUUCCUGAAACUAUACCAGACUGCUACUAUGACUAUUCUCCAGAUAUAGAGGACACAACAGAGUUGAGUCUUCCAGGGUGGCAGCCACUUUCCAAUAAUAUAUCUUGGCCAAAGGCACUUCGAAUCUGUCCAAAACCCUGGCGUUACCACACAGCUCAGACGCUGGACAAUGAUCCGGUAAAAGCCGUGUAUAAUACUUAUGGAGGAGGUGGAUUCGUAGCCGUCCUGGGUUAUGAUGAGCAAACAGCAAAUCGUGUCAUAGGUGACACUUUUGGAAACGGCUGGCUUGAUCGAAAAACUCGUGCUGUAGUCUUGGAAUUUGCAGCGUUCAACAUCAAUACGAACCUUCUCAGCAUCAUAACGUUUAUCUACGAAAUGAUUGCAGCUGGUGCAGCCUACACAGUAAUAAGGGUGGACACCCUCGAGUUGUUCAGUACGGAAUCGGGAGCUCUCAUGUUUUACCUCAUUUGUCAGUUCUUAUUCUUGGCAAUGGUGCUAUUUUACUUCAUCAUGAUGUUGUUUCACCUUUACCGACAACGGUUGGGAUUUUUCAAGUCUAUCUGGAAUAUGGUUGACUUUUUGAUGAUUGUCUCUUCUACAACGUCCGUAGCGUCCUACGUGAUGAGAUCUAAGACUAUAUUAAACAGUAUCAACGCAAUUAAAAAAAAUCCCUUCGAAAUUAUCCAUUUUCAUUCUUCAUUGAAUUGGGCCAGCUGGGAAAACGCUUCUAUGGCUCUGGCAAUUUUUAUGGUUACAGUGAGGCUUUUAAAUUUGAUUCGUUUUAAUCCUUAUGUCAUAUAUUUGUUUUCAUCGUUCCGUCAAUCUGUAGGCUACCAACUGUCCUAUUUGGUUUUCUUUGUCAUAAUAUUCAACGCUUUUGUUAUAUCAGGAAUGCAGCUUUUUGGAGGAGUAGUUUAUCACUAUUCUAGUUAUCUACAUGCUGUCAUUUCACAAUUUGAAUUUCUGUUGGGAAAAGCGGUCCCAAUUGCUGAUCUUCGCAAAGAUAAACCUUUUAUUGGCCCAACUUUUGUUCUCUUUUUCAUGCUAAUAAUGACCAUAUUUCUUAUGAAUAUGUUGGUUUCUGUACUGAACGCGUCUUACACUGACGCCAGGGAUAACGCCGAAGAAAGUGCAGAAGAGCUUGAAAUGGCGCGCUUUAUUGGGGAACGUUUUAUGGAUUUAUUCCAAGAAGGAAAAAGGCGACCUGAAUUAAAAUUAUUUUGCGACGACACAACUUUUGUUAACAUGUGUCGCUCCGAUGCAGAACCAUUCUGUUUAAAUUCACGGAGUCUCCUUCAGUGCACGGAGGAACGGUUAGCAAAAUUAGACAAAAGAAUAAGUGCACUCAACAGACGCACAGAGAACAUCGGUGGUGAUGACCAAAAAGAGGAGGAAGAGUUUCUCUUUCUCCUUGAUUCAAUGUUUAUUUCUCAUUGA